AUGACCCACCUGAUAUUUCCUACAGGUUCCAUGACCCACCAGAUAUUUCCUACAGGUUCCAUGACCCACCAGAUAUUUCCUACAGGUUCCAUGACACACCAGAUAUUUCCUACAGGUUCCAUGACCCACCAGAUAUUUCCUACAGGUUCCAUGACACACCAGAUAUUUCCUACAGGUUCCAUGACCCACCAGCUAUGUCCUAAAGGUUCCAUGACCCAUCUGAUAUUUCCUACAGGUUCCAUGACCCACCAGAUAUUUCCUACAGGUUCAUGACCCACCAGAUAUUUUCUACAGGUUCUAUGACCCACCAGAUAUUUCCUACUGGUUCCAUGACCCACCAGAUAUUACCUACAGGUUCCAUGACUUACCAGAUAUUUCCUACAGGUUCCAUGACCCACCAGAUAUUUCCUACAGAUUCCAUGACCCACCAGAUAUUUCCUACAGAUUCCAUGACCCACCAGAUAUUUCCUACUGA